CUUUUGUAACGCGCUUGUCGGUGUUAUUGUCAUGGUUUUCCACGUGUUUCUCAUAUUUCCGCGCUCUUUUCCUGCGGGACGUCUAGGUCUACCGGCUACGUCAUAGUAGAGCCUAUUCCACGGAAUACCAAGCGGCGUUCGACGAUGUCUAACAAGCCAAAAGCGAAAGGAAGAUACAAGCAAAGCUGCUGUUUCGUGCCGUACUGCAGGAGCGGCUACAGAUCUAACUUGAAGCGUGCCUCUCUGUUCCGAGCGCCACUGGACCCGGUGAGGCUCUCGGAGUGGGAGGAGAGCAUCGGGAGAACGGACAAAAAGCUGACAUCGUCGGCGGUGGUGUGCGAAAGGCACUUCGAAGAGAGCUGCAUCGAACGCACGUUCCGGAUAGUCAUCGACGGAGUGGUAAACGAGAUCCCCAGAGAGGCACCUCUCCUGAAGCGAGAUGCCGUCCCAACCGUAUUCGAAGAUUACGCCAUUUGUAGCAAUCGCAAGUUCCCGUGUAGGAAACUGGUGAGCGUUGUUCGCGAACAAGAAAGGGCGCAUGAAUCGUCCGAGCGGCGGAACGGAGGAAACUGUACCAGCGAGUCGCGCUUGGACGUCGACGCAGUGUCCGACAGCCAAGACGACGUCGAUUUUACGGGUGAAGCGGCGUUAUCGUCCGCGGAAAGUGGUGACGUCGAAUGUACCGGCGAAAGUGGUGACGACGAAUGUGCCGGUUCCGUAGAGGAGGAGAGCGCCGCUUGCGAUGAAGAAGCGAGCGAAGACGGGAGUACGGCACGCCCAUCUACUGCACGUCCCGUCGCUCACGCGUUCGAAGACAUUCAGAUUCCAUCAACAUGGGCGAGGGUGCCUUGUCUGGGCGAAGGCAGUCUAGCUUACGCCCGUUGUGAAAUGCAAGUGAACAAUUUUUCUUGUCUGUUUAUCGAGAGGAUGGUUGUAUUCGGAACUGUAUCGGCCGAUGACGGCUCCGUCACUGCAACCGUUUACAUGAGGGGCAGGGAAAGCUUCAAGGAAGUUCUCAGGACACGGUGUGAAGCGGAGGAAUUUAUCAAAGACAUCAACGCGGUGUCCUUAUGCGAAGGAUGUGGCGUGAAGCCUACGUCGACCAAGUUCGCAUCCUACAGAGACAUGUAUUUCGCGGAGAAGUGUCUCAUUAUUGCUGGUGCAAAAGGUGAAUCGUGCGUACGCUGCCAACAUGUGCGAAAGCUUAUGCAAGGACAAAUGGGCAAGCAGAAAAGUGAAGGCAUUUCUACUCUACCAGAAACCUAAGACCCUUUGUCGCAGUUUUAUUCCAACAGUGAUACGUUUCGAUAAAAUGCAUGUGCCAGUGGUUUAAAUCAAAAAUUGAAAUAAAACACUAAAGUGACCUUCCUUCAAGAACACACUUGUUUCUCAC